UGAUACACUGAUGGGACUCUGACGGCGGUGGGCGGGCGGUGCUAAGAAAAUUAUAAGGUCAUUUGAAUUGCGCUUGCUAGCGAGCUUAUAGACUACCAUGAACCCAGAAAUGAUAUCAGUGAUUGUGACAAUGAACGGAUGAUGAUCGCGGAGUCAAAGUCGAUGCGCAUAGCGAGGCAAAUUUGACGCCCGACCCAUCGGAGGAGAGGAGCAGCAGCUCGUUGUGGUAUUAACAACAGAAGGGGAUCCCGGUGCGUGUGUGUCCGUCUCUAUUCGUUUCUGUGAGCCUCUGUCAAGCCAAGCGAGCAACGGCGAGGAGCGGAGGGGGCGACCAGGCUAGCCUAUAAGCCGAUCAAGGCGGAAUCGCACACAACGAUUUUCACGUCUGGGAUUUCUGCGCACCUAGGGCCUACAUGCUGUGACGGCUUUAACGGGGUGCAAGGAUGAUUCGUCUAGCGUGUUGCACGGCCCUGCUGUUUGUGUUGAGGCUGCUGGUGGGCUUGCCUUGGUACCAGGUUCUCCCGGCCAUCCUGAUCUUCUACCUGGGAAGUGGAGGAUGGAGCUUUCUGAAGAUAUUUGCCAAAACAAUUGGCAGAGACUUACAUGCGGCGGGUGUAUUAUUUCAGGUGAAGAUGAAUGUCAGACGCCACCUCAGAGAGAAGAACACUAUUCCCAAGAUCUUCGCUGAAACAGUACGCCGCCACGGGGACAAAACGGCACUGAUCUUUGAGGGGACCGGGGAGAGGUGGACCUUCAGACAGCUGGAUGAGUACUCCAACAGAGUGGCUAACCUGCUGCUGCAACGGGGUUUCCAGGAGGGCGAUGUGCUGGCUCUUUUCAUGGAGAACAGGACCCAGUACGUGGGCAUCUGGCUGGGCAUGGCCAAGAUCGGAGUAGAGGCCGCGCUAAUCAACUUCAAUUUGAGACUAGAGGCCUUGGUCCACUGUGUCACCAUCUCCAAUGCCAAGGCUGUGGUAUUUGGCUCGGAGCUGACUGACGCGGUGUGUGAGAUCCACAGUUCAAUGGGGAAGGCAGUGCAGAUGUUUUGCUGUGGAGACUGGGACCCCAAACGAGUCCCACAGGGAACCGAGUGCCUGGAGCCCCUGCUGGAUGCUGCCCCGUCCCAUCUGCCAAGCCAGCCACAGCGCUGCUUCACUGAUCGCCUGUUCUACAUCUACACGUCGGGAACCACUGGGAUGCCUAAAGCUGCUAUUGUUGCGCACAGCAGGUACUACCGCAUGGCAGCCUUGGUAUAUUAUGGUUUUAGGAUGACAUCAGAUGAUGUGUUGUAUGAUUGCCUUCCACUCUACCAUUCUGCAGGUAACAUUGUGGGAGUGGGCCAGUGUAUAAUACAUGGCAUGACUGUAGUCAUCAGAAAGAAGUUCUCUGCCUCGCGUUUCUGGGACGACUGUGUCAAAUACAACUGCACUAUUGUGCAGUACAUUGGUGAGAUCUGCCGAUACUUGCUGAACCAGCCAGUUCGGGACACGGAGCGACAGCAUCGGGUACGCAUGGCACUGGGCAACGGCCUGCGCCAAUCCAUAUGGGAGGAGUUCAUGAAUCGCUUCAAUAUCCCACAGAUCGCAGAGUUCUAUGGAGCCACAGAGUGCAACUGCAGCCUGGGCAACUUCGGUAACCAGGUUGGAGCGUGUGGCUUCAACAGUCAGAUUCUACCGUUCAUCUACCCCAUCAGACUGGUGAGGGUUGAUGAAGAGACCAUGGAGCUCAUUAGGGGACCUGAUGGCGUCUGUAUUCCCUGUAAACCUGGCGAGCCUGGCCAGCUAGUCGGCAGGAUCAUUCACAAUGACCCUCUUCGGAGUUUUGAUGGUUAUGUCAACCAGUCAGCAACCAGCAAGAAGAUUGCUCACAACGUCUUCAAGAAGGGAGAUAGUGCCUACCUCUCUGGUGACGUGCUGAUCAUGGAUAAGUACGGCCACAUGUACUUUAAGGACCGCACAGGAGACACUUUCCGCUGGAAAGGAGAGAACGUCUCAACAACUGAGGUGGAGGGAACUCUAAGCAGGCUGCUAGACAUGAAAGAUGUAGUUGUUUAUGGAGUGGAAGUACCAGGAGCAGAGGGAAAGGCUGGAAUGGCAGCCAUCGCUGAUCCGUCUAACUCCACUGACCUGGAGAAGUUUGUGAAGGACAUGGAGAAGGCUCUCCCUCCGUAUGCCAGACCUGUGUUCCUCCGUUUUCUUCCCGAGGUCAACAAGACAGGAACGUUUAAGUUUCAGAAGAUGGAGUUGCGUCGGGACAGCUUUGACCCCACCGUGGUGUCAGACAGACUGUACUUCCUGGAUUCCAGCAGAGGGUGCUAUACGCAGCUGGACGAGGAGCUUUACCGCUCCAUACUGUCAGGGAAACACAAAUUGUGAUGACCAGGCUAACCACUACAUGUACACCUAGACACACAUCCAUGCAUACAGACACACACACACAUACAGAUACAGAAAAGAAGACAAUAUCGUGUGACCAGGAUAGCAGAAUGCUGUACCAUGUCCCCAUAUACACAAAUACUUGUAAAAGUAAUAGCCAUACAGACUCCAUACGCUCACACUCAAAUGCCAACACAUUUACACAUACACAAACGUACAAAUUGUAUUCCCCAAACCACUUUUCUCUUUCAAAUCCCUAAAAACUGAUAUGCACGGCACACACACACACACGCACGCACGCACGCAGCGCCACUCCAUCCAUCCUCCUGAAAUCUCCCCUGCAACUUCUCUCUCGCUACCUCAGCAAACACAGAGAGGCACAAACCUAGUAACCAGAUCUAUUUGGUAACUUGAAGCCACCCUUCAUAGCCACACAAUCCCUGCCCACACAGGUCUCAAACAACCCACGGCCAGUCCAUCCUGGUCCAUCAAACCAGAUGUGUUGCUGGGGGAUAUAAAUGGGAGGGAUGCGGAGUGCAGGCUGCCUGGCAUCCAGAAUGCAAAAACUUGAAAUUACAGUUAACCAUAAAGGAUGCUGAGGAGGAACGUGGAUCCACUACAAAAACUGUGUGGUAUAACGAAGGGACCUAAAGGACCUAAACUGUCUUUCAGUUCGUUGUUUCGUCAGCAAGAUUGUUUUGUGGAAAACUGGAGCCUCUAAAAUCGACUUCACCUGCACAAUUAGCCAGCAGUGACAAACCUGUGUGUCAGCUACAGCUUUCUUCUUGGGAGGUUAAUGAUAGUAUUACCUUGACGUCUUUGUCUCCUUGUCUUCAUUUCCACCUUUGCUCUACAGAGCUUGAGAUGAAAAUGACAAAAGGACUGCAGGUUUGUUUGUUUGUUUUUAAAGGGAACAAGGAUGUGAGGGAUUUUGGAAAGCCUUUGACAUGUACCCCACAGUUCAAGAUGUUAAAUUAGACCAGUGGUUGAAGCUGAAAGAUUUACUACAGUGCAAUAGGGCUCCAGUGUUUGCAGUGCAAUAAUCAGCCGCACCACGUGGGAGCUGAUAUAAAACAAAGAUUUGUAUUUAAAUAUGACUUCAUCACACCAAAUAUAUUUGAGUUGUAGUGUUUGUUUACAUAUUUAAGAAAAUCUGAAAGUUUUAGUAAUUUAUGUUUUCGGAGAAGCGUUCUCUUUUUUUGUUAUAGUUCAAAUGUAUCAGGUUGGUUUUUUGCUUUAUUUUGUAUCCAAAUUUGUGCUUCAGUAACUCUUCUCAAAAAGGAAGCUGCAGUGUGCAUUUUUAUAUCAGCUGCUGGGACACGAAGUCAAGUGAUCUGACUGAUUCAACCCUGGGCUAAAGAUAUGGGGCUAUUUCCACAAACAGGAUUUGUUCACACACUGACCUGAAGUGCAGUAUGUUUGUGUGGCUGUGGUUGUGCAGGUUUUGUCCUAAAAGGUAGACUUUGCCUAUUGUAGAGGGAGUGUGUAUAUUCUUCUAAAAACAUAUGAAGAGGACUUCUGAAGAGAGAGAAGCACCAAGUCACCCGAUCAGCCAGGACUUUUCAACAGUAUUCUGGUGCUACAGAGGGAUGUUCUGCCAGAUUCCAGAGAGCCGAAAGAUCCAAAGAUUCAAAAACGGGGGUGGGGAUGUUGUCACAGCGGGGGGGGGGGGUCAUAAUAGAAUUGUAGAAGAAGCGAAAAUGUGCUUUGUCAUCAAUGUUUUGUCUGCUGUUUUGCAGUAGCUGCCGUCAGAGGUUGUAGCAGCAUGAAUGAGCAUCAUCAACAACAAGCAGAGCACUGUGCCUUACUGUGAGUUCAUCUCCCAGAUUCACAGGCCUGGCCCACACAUAGUGUCUCAUAUGGUUCCCUGUAUUGGACGUACCUUCACUUCAGCUUCAGCUUCUAUCUACCAUAAUCUCAUUUGUCUGUCUCCCAAGUUCCCCGUCAUAGCAGCCUGGCAGUGCUGGCUGAAAUCUUGGGAGCUCAUAUUUUAUUCUGAAAAACGUCUGGAAGUCCAGUCUGUCUGGUGCAGGAACAGUUUGUCCAAAUCUUGCGCGGCUGCUGUCAUAGCAUUUUCAAGGACUCUAUCCCCCUAACUUAUUUUCCUUUGAGGAUAUUCGGUCUUUACUUAGUCCCGGCUGUAAUCUUAAUAUGUCGUCUAGCUGUCUUAUUGAUUACUUGUUUGUUUCUUGGGUUGUCUUGUAGAUAUUGCUUGCCCAAGUUUCCAUUUGCUCAGCACCUUUUAAUUUAAGCCUUUAUCAUCUUUCUGCCAAGCACCUCAAUCCUUUCCAUGAAUCUAUCUUUAACCUUUUUUCCCCUAUUUCCUCUCUCUCUCUCUCUCUCUCUCUCUCUCUCUCUCUCUCUCUCUCUCUCUCUCUCUCUCUCUCUCUCUCUCUCUCUCUCUCUCUCUCUCUCUCUCUCUCUCUCUGUGUCUUUGGCCCUCCAUUCCUUCAAGCCAGCACCUCUGUUUAAACCUGGCUGUCUCUGGCAGGUACCGAGCCUCACUCUCUGCCAUGUCUGCUUCAUCCUGCUGUGCUCAUGUUGAUUCAGACAAUGGUAUAAACGGUAGUUGCAUACAUUUCAGAUAUUUCCUGAUUGAAGUUUGUUUAGUGUUUGAUGGAGGGAUUGUUUUUAUCCACUUUUGAGAUUGCUCAGGAGGUCUGGUGACAUAAAUCUCCAACUAUACACUCAAAAAACAGUUUUAAAGUAUCUUUUGCUGAAGUUUGUCAUGUGUAGUCUGCCAUUACCCUGUGACUUUUUGUCUUACAUUUUGCAACUGACCACAUCCUACAGUCACCUACAGUACAGCCAGGCAUGCUGUUUCCAGCGGAGGUUGUGUAACAGGUCAUUUGAAGACUGGCUGUAGUGUAGAGGACUUAUUCUUCGAGUGUUAUUGUGGCAAUGCUAAGGCUACUUUGCUUUCUGCAGACUGAUUCUCAAUAUUUAAAUGGCUUUUCUUGGUUCACUGACAGCUGCUGACUGUGAUCAUCAGAGUACUCUCACCUAUCAUUUCCCUGUUUAGGGGGGGGGGGAGACCAACAAAGCUGUUUGACAGAAAUUGAGAUUCAUCCCUGCUUCCUGUGUGGUUUUAGUUUAGAGUCUCUCUCUCUCUCUCUCUCUCUCUCUCUCUCUCUCAUAUAUAUGUAUUCUUUAAUGAUGAGUGUGCAAUGUUGUCAUGAAUGUCUGGAAAAGCGAGCAACCAAUGAUGAUGUUGUAAAGUGUGACUUGUGUAUCUAAGGGAACACGGUUAGGCUGUUAUGAUGCUUGUGACUGAGGGUUGCACUUCUCAACCCUGCCUGAACAGCCCCACAGCAGAGCACUCUGAAUAAGAUGUUUCCAUUUUCACUUUUGAAAUGAGUUUAAAUUAUUAUUUCUGGAGGAACUGUUAAUUAUACUUUGAUUGUUUCACUGCUAUAUGUGUUUUCUUUCACCUGAGUUCUUAGCUUUGUGAUUUUGGUAUAAAAAGGGGAUUCAUGCAUGAGUGCAAGACAAUCGAAUGGCAAUUGUAUUUUUUUCUACCUUUUUAUAAAAAGGCACUAGGAACCAGCCAGGGAGCAAGCAAUUACAGUGGUUGUUGUAACCAGGAGCCAAUUUGCCCAUCUAAUAAAUAAUGUUUUGAAAAGUGCAUAGCAAAUCCGAUAAGUCAGGUGUAAAACCUAAAACAGCAGAAGGCCUGCACAGAGAAUGUCUAUGGGACAGGGUGUGUUGAGGUUUUGAGACACCCGUUUGACCAGUGGGGGGCGCUGUGUCUUCACUAAUGCUCCAGAAAAGGGAGCGUCAAACAGACCCCAGUUUCCAUGCCCUCAUUUUAUCAUGCAGUCUUUGGAUGACUAAUAAAAUAAUAGAGUGACUACGACUUGGACUACUGUAAAUAGAGUGGUAACAAUUAAACCUUACAUGAAACUGCGAAAAGGUCCUCUGCACAUUGUUACAUUAUUUGACUGAUUAAAACAAUUUAAUGCCAGCCCCGCCACCCAAUACACUAAAAAUGUUGUCAGUUUGUGGUGAACAACUGUUACCAGUCUUCCCAGCUCAAACUGAGGUCAGUCAAAAGUCAGCUCUAAGUGUGUGAUUAUGUGGGGAUCAGUACACACCAGCGAGGCCGUACUGUAGACCAGAAACCCCAGCUGAAGUGUGUGUCGGUGCUCUUACUGGCCCUCAUGCCUCUGAUCAACAUUUCUCACUCUGCUUUUUGCACUUUUUGUUUGUCUGUUUUUCCCUUUUUGUGAUCCUCAGGAACAUCAAGCUGUGCUACAGAAGGAAACAAGUGUGUACUCGUCUGCCUAUGUAUGUGUGUGUGUGUGUGUGUGUGUGUGUGUGUGUGUUUUAUUUUUAUCAUUUUCAUGUCUCGUUGCACAUGUGGCAGCUCUCAGCUUUGCAGAGUGUGUAGGGGAGGUCUGUGAGGUGUGCUGUGUGUGUGAGACACACACACUGAUGUCCUCUUGUCCACUGAAGGCUAGCUGUACACAUCAUGCAUUUCAAGAAAAUGAGAUGCAAGCAGUGCUGCAAAUGGAAAAUCAUUAUUAAUAAAAACUAUUUAAAUUGUU